CUUGACAACAACUCCAAGGACAUCCACAUUCUUGUUUCUCUGGUGAAAGAGCUGGAACUGUGGCGGUUUCGUCUCUGUGAAUCACAAGUGAGUAAAAAUAUAAAGCGUCACGGUCGAUCAAGUUAUGAUUCAUCUCAUAAUGUCAUGUACUGUCUUGUUUCGUCAGCCGGUUAGCGUAAAGAUUUGUGACGCGAACCAUUCUGGCUGAUCACGUAAUCUUCAAUAUCAGAUAUCGACACCUGCUUGAAGUGGAAGUGUAGAGCUCGUCAACUCACCUUCCAGGAAGAACUCUCAAAUUGAUCAGUCUUAAUUGAGUUCCCUUUCAAUGGAUGUGUGAAGGGUUGAUAUAAGCGCGACACCACCAACUGGAUUAAAGGCCCUCUCAUCCCAAGCCCAUCAUGUCAACACCCAUCAACGGCGUCGGCGGUACCGACCUAGAAAUCAUCGAAAUCGUUCCCAACGGCGACAUAAUCCUCGACGUAACCUUUGAGACCUCCAAACCCGUCAUCCUCGCCGCCAAGAAAGCCUUUGCCGCCUUCUCCUCCCGACCAACUCCUCGGACCAGCAAGGCAACAAUACCCGGACAAGGACCCGCAAAGACGCCAGUCAGACCACCGAGACCACCGCCCAAGCCCAGAGAAAGAGUUGGUUUCCGUGUUCAUCUGUCUGUCCUGAAAGAGCAGUCGCCCUACUUUGCCCGUUUGCUCUCAGACACGCGUUUUGCCGAGGCCAAAGCUGUUGAAGCGGCUCUGGCUAAGCUUUCGCUGGAAAACAUUAGUCCUGGCGAGGCGGACUGGACGCAGCUCCCACGGGUGAGCAUUAGAGAAGAUGACGAGGCUACGCAGAGUGCGGAGAUGAGGUAUAUCUUUCAUGAUUUGCUGUAUAUACUACAUCAUGGGAGGGUACCGCCGCCGGCAGAUGAGACAUCGGCGGAACCUCCAGCAGAAGUAACACCACCAGAACCCACAGCAGCAGCACCGACACCAAAACCAGUAGUAUCCAAACCGGCAGCAACAACGAAAGAACAAAAACCAGGCCAAAAACUACCAACCAAGACACCAGCCAAAGGAACCCAAUCAAACGGCCUCAGAAAGCCUCUAGACAAAACAUCACAAAAGGGACAACCAAAGCCGACGCUACAAAAGCCAGAAACGCCAGACGAACCAGUCACCACCGAACUAGCACCAACAGCACCCCCCCUGACAAUCCCCUACCUAACCACCCUCUCCCUCCUCGCCGACCGUUUCUCCUGCACCCCCUCCCUCUCCCGUCUCCCUUCUUCUUCCCAGACCCCCUUAAAAUGGCCCGCGACACCCACCCGCCUCACCAAAGACCAAGACGGCCACGCCCUCACUUUUGCGGGUGAAGAACUCUUGCGCCAAAAAAUCUUGGUCUCCUGGCUUCUCGACCUCCCACUCAAGUUCCAAUCCGCCACCCGCGAAUUAAUCCUGUACGGAUCCCGCCGCUGGACCCUUUCCGCUUCCCCUGAAGAUUCCGAUUCCGAAUCCGACUACACCUCUUCUGAUCCUAACCCUGUCCCUAACUCUCACCCUGAGAAAUACACUGGAAAUAAAUACAAACACAAAUACAAAGCAAAAUGGUGGUCCCUCCCCGACCUCCUCGAAGACGAACUUUCCUACCGACGCACCUGCCUCCUUUCCGUCUUGGCAUCCAUCCCCCGCCACUUUUUACGGUUAUACAUCGUCCGCCCCCCACAGACCCGGUCCAUUGUUACCAGCAGUGCGGGAAUAGGAUCAAGCUUCACAUCCAACGCCGCCUCGGCCUUACAAGCCGCCGCACAAGGUCGUCAAUGCAAACUAGGUUACGAGAGCAGCGCCAGCUGCGAUUCUUACCAGUUAGGCGAGAUGAUUCGGUUUCUCUGCACCAAGGGACUUUUGGCCCUUGUCGACUUUAGUCCGUCGAGUUUCGAUCGGGCUAUUACCCAAUAUGAUGGCGGCGGGGAGAAUCCGCUUGCCAAAGUGGAUGGACAUAACCCGGGUAUGGGCGUGGUGUUUGGACCCCCUAAACAUUCCUCUGGCAUUAGAGGGGAGAAUAAUGACCUGGGCGGCAUCUCAACAAUGGAAAUCAACCAUUUCGUGGCGAUUUUACGACAGUGUCCGAGUUAUCAGAUUGAUCGACAUCAUACGAACUGCGGAUUAAGGACGAGGAUGUUGCCGGUUUUGGAUUACGUGCAGGCUAUGUUGAAUAGCGAGGUGGUGCUCGUCAAGAGGGCGGAUUGGGAGAAGAGGAGGGAGGAAGUUAGUUGGGUUAGUUUGGUGGAGAGACGGCAGGAGGAAGGGGAAGAUGGUGGCAGAGGAGAAAAAGGGAAAAAUAGGGUGUUUAGGUUCACUAGAACGCUGGCGGCGGAUCCGAGAAUGAGAUAUAAUAGCACGCUGGGGACGAGCAAGAUGGCCAUGGAACUGUUUCUGGCUGAUGAGUGGGAUUGGACGGCGGAGGAGUAUUGAGGACGUUAUGUUGUUGGUCCAAGUUGCAUCAGUUGGCGUUUAGAUGGCGGCAUAUUGCUUGAUCAAAAGCGGUCUUACAUAACCAGUGAAAUAGAUAAAGUAUAGAAGCGAGCAAGAUGCCAUCCGAAUGUUA